UCGAGAAUAAUUCCAAGAAACACCCAAGUGCAAAAAAUAAAUAAAAAAUACUAUAUAUUUUUUAAUCUAAUUUCGAGAACACUGUUGUCUGUUGCUAUGCUCACAGCGGCAGGAUCCAUCCCACGAUUUACCGCAGCAAUAAAACAAUAAAAUAAAUCCUUAGAGGGGCCCACAUAUUAGGCAGCCUGAUCUCGAUCUGUAUUUCCUUUCACCCCCUUCAAAUCUUACGGACCAACCUCUCCCUUAUCCCUGCUCGACCCCUCCUCCAUUCCUCCUCCCCUUCUCCGAAACCCUUCUUCCCUUCCCUCUCAUCUCUUAUCCCCUGCCAUCGAAGAAGAAUUAGAGCCACCCACAAGAACGGUAGCCCAGUUAUGAUACCCACCAAUCGAAGGCUCCUCCGAAGUGGGGAAGCCCCGGGCCCGCUCCUCCAGCCGGGCGUGCACAUGCACAACGCCACCGCCGCCGACGCCCCGUCGCUCCUCCAGUCCAACCCGUCCUCCAUGGCCUUCACGGCGUUUAUCAUCCUCGUCGCGCUCUUCUUCCUCGGCUCCUUCGCCAUCGUCGCCCGCCGCUUCUUCUCCGGCAUCCACGUCGCUGACGCCCCCCACCGCCGCCCGCCGGCGACCUCGCCGCCGCGACGGUUCCGGGGGAGCUCCUGGCCCGCCGCCGCCGCGCGCGGCCUGGACCCGGCGGCGGUGCGGCAGCUGCCGGUGCUGUCGUACGUCGGCGGGGGAGGGAAAGAAGGGUGCGUGGUCUGCCUCGCGGAUUUCCAAGACAAGGAGAAGGUGAAGCUGAUUCCUGGGUGCGGACACGUCUUCCACCCCCAAUGCAUAGAUGCAUGGUUGAUGUCCAAAUGGUCGUGCCCGAUUUGCCGGUGCUCCGAGCUGUUCGGGUCGACGGGUGCUGGGAGAGGAGCGGUGAGGUUGGAUUUGGUCGUCGGAGAUGGUGGAGAAGAGUUUGGAGUGGAUGUGGAGGUGGGGGCAGGGAGGGGAGGGGAAGAGGAGGUGAGGGGGAGAGGAGGGGAGGGGGAGAAGGUGUUGGAGUUGGGGAGGAGCAGCAGUUCUUCUGGUUUGUGGGUACAAGGCGAGAGGGUGGUGUUCCUGCGGCGCACCUGCAGCUUUUGAGAGAGAAGAUUCUGUACGUGUCUGUGUUGGUAGGCAUCUAUCUUCAACAAGUGUACGCCCAUGCAACAGUUGGCUUCUCAUUCUGUAAAUAUCCCCAGGCAGAAGUUUCCAACGAAAAUUCUGCAUUCAGGCUAGCAUUUGGUUUGUUUUGUCGAGCUGCUUACUUUGGAUGAUGUCGAUCAGAUUAUUUCUGGAGUCUAUCGAAAUCGGCCCCGUAGUUGAGAUGCACGAAGCUUUCGCCACCUACAGCUCUACCGUUAAAAAAAAGGAAUUCCUAUAUUCCCAGCAACUAUUGCGUCACAAGGAUAUUGCUUGUUCAUAUCAUCGCACUCUUUUUUUUGAUUUUUUUUUAAUUAUAUUGCGUCACAGGGAACACCAAUCCUUGCUUUCUGCUGUAUGACUUUUAGGAACAUGGGUUGGGCCCAGCAGCGAUGCUAAAAAUAUCUCACACAGAAGUAGUAGAAACUUA